AAAAAAUAAAAAAUGCAUAUUUUUAAAAACCGGAAACAGUAUUAUGAUGACGACAGCGCAACAGACGCGAUUUAGCAUGUCACGUGAUCAUUUCUGACUUCGUCCUUUUUUACGUACGUCUCUGCAUGGGCCAAAAAUCAUGAGUGCUUCUCAACAACAGUAUAGAGGAAUUGUUAAACAAGUCUCCUCUGGUGACUCUGUAAUUAUCAGAGGGCUGAAAGGGGCACCACCACCGGAAAGACAAUUAAACUUUUCGAAUAUUGUUGCACCGAAAUUAGCUCGCCGACCAGUUGGAAAUGGAGAAGAAGCUAAAGAUGAACCAUAUGCAUGGAAGGCACGAGAAUUUCUACGGAAGAAACUUGUGGGCGAAGAAGUUUGGUUUACUGCAGAAAAGCCACAAAACGCUACCCGAGAAUAUGGAGUGGUUUUGCUUGGAAAAGACGUAAAUAGUGCUGAAAAUAUCACAGAAAGUUUGGUGUCUGAAGGAUUAGUGUCUGUACGACGCGAAGCAAGAAAUACCCCCGAAUUAGCACGUUUAAUUGAGUUAGAAGAUGCGGCUAAAGCUGCAGGUAAAGGAAAAUGGGCGAGUACGCCAGCUCCAGAUAGUGUUCGUGAUAUUAAAUGGUCCGUUGAUAAUCCACGCAAUUUUGUUGAUAAAUUGGGUGGAAAAAGAGUCAAAGCAGUUAUUGAACACGUUCGUGAUGGCUCAACAGUCCGUGCAUUCCUAGUUCCUGAUUUUUAUCAUAUUACGUUGAUGAUUUCUGGUAUUCGGUGUCCUGGAUAUAAAUUAGACAGUGAUGGAAAACCAGAUUUGAAUACUUCUGUUGAAUUUGCUGACGAGGCCAAAUAUUAUGUUGAACUACGAUUGUUACAACGUGAUGUUGAAAUUGUGUUGGAAUCUGUCAACAAUAAUAACUUUGUUGGUACUAUCAUUCAUCCGAAUGGAAACAUUGCUGAAUCCUUAUUAAAAGAGGGCUUAGCAAGAUGUGUGGAUUGGAGUAUGGCCUACAUGAAAUCAGGAGCAGCCAAAUUACGUGCGGCUGAAGCUCAAGCAAAAGCGAAAAAAUUAAGGUUAUGGAAAGAUUAUCAAUCCACAUCGCCUCAAAUUCAUGGUAAUGAAAAAAAUUUUGUUGGAACUGUUGUGGAAGUUGUGAAUGGAGAUGCACUGUUUGUCAAAACACCCAACGGAUCUGUUAAGAAGAUAUUCUUGGCUAGUAUUCGCCCACCUAAAGAACCUGGACGGGUUGCUGAUGAAGAAGGAAAAUUACCUCCAAGAUCUAAAAAAAUUCGUCCACUUUAUGAUAUUCCAUGGAUGUUUGAAGCACGUGAAUAUUUACGAAAGAAAUUAAUUGGUAAAAAGGUAAAUGUUACUGUGGAUUAUAUUCAAGCAGCAAAAGAUAACUUCCCAGAGAAAACAUGCUGCACAGUAACAAUAUCUGGUGUGAAUGUAGCAGAGGCAUUAGUAAGUAAAGGUCUAGCAACUGUAAUCCGAUAUAGACAAGAUGAUGAUCAACGUAGUUCGCACUAUGAUGAGCUACUUGCAGCAGAAACUAAAGCUAUCAAAUCACAAAAAGGAGUUCAUGCGAAAAAAGAUAUACCAAAUCAUCGUGUGACUGACAUAAGUGGUGAUAGUAGCAAAGCUAAAACAUUCUUACCGUUCUUGCAAAGGGCUAAACGUACAGAAGCAAUUGUAGAAUUUGUUGCUAGCGGUUCACGAUUGCGAUUGUUUAUACCAAAAGAAAGUUGUUUAGUCACGUUUCUUCUAGGUGGUAUUAGUUGCCCGCGUGGUGCUAGACCCGGUUUAAAUGGACAGCCUGCCUCUGAAGGUGAACCGUUUGGUGAAGAAGCUUUGCUAUAUACUAAAGAAAAAUGUUUACAGCAAGAGGUUGAAAUUCAAGUGGAAUCACUUGAUAAAGUUGGCAAUUUUAUUGGUUGGUUAUGGAUUGAUAAUGUUAAUUUGUCAGUUGCCUUAGUUGAAAUGGGAUAUGCAAGUGUACAUCCUACAGCUGAACGCAGUGAAUAUUAUCGUCAACUAACAUUAGCUGAAGAAGCUGCUAAAGCACAACGGCUUAAUAGAUGGAAGGAUUACGUUGAGGACAAAGAAGAAGUUCAAAGAAUAGAAGAAGAUAAGGUUGUAGAAAGGAAGAUUAAUUAUGAAAAAGUAAUCGUCACGGAAAUAACUAAAGAAGGUCAUUUCUAUGCACAAAAUGUGGAUCAAGGUGCUAAACUAGAAUCUUUAAUGGCUAAAAUACGACAAGAAUUCCAAGUAAAUCCACCUUUACCCGGUGCAUACACUCCAAAACGGAAUGAUAUUUGUGCUGCUAAAUUUGACGAUGAUCAAUGGUAUCGGGCUAAAGUUGAAAAAGUUGAAAAGAAUGGUAACGUUUCUGUUUAUUAUAUUGAUUAUGGUAAUCGACAAACCAUUAAUACAACGAGAUGUGCUGCAUUACCAUCCGCUUUCACCACGGAUAAACCAUAUGCUCAAGAAUAUGUGUUAGCCUGUGUGACUUUACCAAAUGAUCCUGACUAUAUUAAAGAAUCUAUCAGUUAUUUGUCAAGUGAUAUUUUGGAUCGUCAGACAUUAUUAAAUGUGGAAUACAAAGUUGGGUCAAUACCAGCGGUUACGUUAACAACGACUGAUACUAAUGCUGACAUUGGUAAAGGUUUAAUUGCUGAUGGACUUUUACUUGUUGAAAAUCGUCGAGAAAAACGACUUUCUAAGCUUGUAAAUGAUUACAAAGAAGCAGAAAAAUCCGCAAUGAAAAACCGCUACCAUAUUUGGGAAUAUGGUGACAUUACUGAAGACGAUGCUAGAGAAUUUGGUGCUGGUGCUUAAAUUCUAAUUAAAAGUAAAAAUUACGUUCCACUCUUUAAUCUAUAAAGAGUUUAAUUUUUAUGCGUAACUUCAAUUUCAUACAUUCAUCAUUCGUCUCAUUAAACAGAAGAAUGAGAGAGUGACUUUUUAUAUAUUGUAUAAAAACAAAUAUAAAUGGAAAAAACCUAAGUUCAGUCUCAACUGUCAGCUCGUGUUUAAAAAUAAAGCAUUGUGGAACCCCGCCAAAGUUGAAAAUAUUUUUAAUAAUUUA